AGAGAUUCAAGUCCAAUGUUACUCAAGUUUGCAUAUUGACAAGGUAUAAAAAUAGUUAUCUAGAGAAGUGUAUAUCAGCAGAUUUUACGUAGAUUAUAUAUCUGAAAAAUUAUACUCUGCGGUUAAUAUGCGACGAAUUUGUUAUUUGUAAAUGUAGUACGUUCAGUAAAUUUGAUGGGUAAUAAAUGCGAUAUUUAUUGUAUUUCAUCUCGUAAACUUUUACAUGAUAUGGACGUGUGAUGAUAUAAAAAACUGCAAAAAUGUAUUCUGUGUUAGGAAAAUGUUUUUGCAGAAAAGAUGCAGUAAGAGCUUUGAGUACGGGUGAAAUAUCCACUGCAUUACGACCUUUUUAUUUUACUGUCCACCCUGAUCUUUUUGGGCAAUAUCCCACGCAAAGAACAGUAAAUGAAAAUUCCUUAAAACAAUUAAGUUCUAUUAUAGAAAAUUUACAACAACAAAGACCGAUAAGGCCUACCACUUUACCAUUUUAUUUACGCUCAAAAAAUGAAAAGGAACUCAGGGCUGGAAAAUUUACUUUAGUACAGAUUCAAUUGAAAGAAAAGGAUCUAAGACAAACUAUACUCUCUAUUCUGAAAACGUGUGAUUUACCAACAACAUUUGUAGAUCAAAUAGAAGAACAAAAACCACCAGAUAGUACAAAUUAUAAGUCAAAAUAUUGGCAAAGAAGAGGAGCUGGAGAGGAUAUAGAUUUCUCAGAAUUAGAAGAUGAUCCUAUUUAUGCUUCUAUUCUAAUGAAAAGAAAAAUUAAUUCAGAACCUGAUACUUUUAAGGCAUAUUUAGAUAAACAUAUUAAUGAAGUACAUGUGAAGUUAGAAGCAUGUAGACCAAUGAGAGAAGAAGUACAAAAGUUAGAAAAGAUAUUAUGCUCUGAAUUAGGUUUGAAAAACAUUAUAUGGGAUUGUGGAUGGAACAUAACUCAUUAUAGAGGAUGUCUCUUAGCUUUUAAGGCAUUAGCUGAACAUCAUCCUGAACCAAUGGAAGUACUCAAAAAUAGAACACUUGUUUUCGCCAAUGAUACAGGCAUUAGUUUAGAAGGAAAUGUUAUGUUAAAUUCAGGUGAAGUGAGGCACAAUUGGCUUGAUUUAAUUAAAAAUAUUCAGAAGUAUGAUCUGGUAUUAUUUAGAUUACCAGCUUUUGAAAAGGCAGUUUCACAAGUGCUUCUUGACAUUAAAGUUGGUCGACGGGUACUCUAUAUGUGCAGGAAAUUCAUGCCAAAAGUAAUGGCUAGCCAGUAUGAACGACAACUUCGACAACUUACAACAACCCUCUCGGAUUAUCGAGGACGACGAAAUUACCCAAAAGUAUGGCCGGCUGAUCUGUCUACUUAUGAAAUUGUAAUUGAAGCUGAAGCAGGACCUUUAAUGCUCUCUCCUACAGGACAGUUUAUAGUUCCAUCUUCAUGUCCAAGUUUUCUUUUAGUAAAUUUUAUUACUGAUAAUUUAGAAGAAGCUACUAAGAGAUUACAUCACUAUAAUAACAUAAAGUAUGUAGAACGUGAACUUUAUGAUAAAACUGUCCAGGAAUUGGGAUUAUCUGUAUUAAAUAAGGAUGAUAGUAUAACUCCUGAUUUGAUGAUACAAUGCUGUGAACGUUUAUUAUUGCAUAAAAACAUUUUAGCACCUUUAUUGAAAGGGGUUAUGCUUUGGGUGACACAUUAUUAUUCUGUUAUGAGUGAUGGUGUAUUAUGUAUACCAUGGGAUUGGAAACUUUGAGAGAGUUCGAAUAUAAUGUAUUUUGUAUUAUC